AUGAGUAUCCCACUGGCGCCAAGUAAGGCUUGCUGUGCAGACCAGGAGGAUAACAGCAAUGAAGAGAAAAACGACAAUGAGAGUGUGACCGGCUUGGGUGAUAGUAAUGCCAAUCAGAUUUUAUCCACAAACACUGGCAAAAAAGAUGAGAUAUAUAACAUAGAGGAUAAAUCAGGGAUGUUGCGCUCUUGGCCAUCUGAAAACCUUACGAAGUCCAACAGGCAAGAGAACAUUGACCAAGAGUCUCCAUCAAGCGACUUAAGACUCCAUUCACCAACCAACAAGGACAUCACCAAAAACUAUAUGACCGAUGAUGCAAAGGACAGUUUGAAAUCUGCUACUCUUAGACAAUCUCCUAAAGCUAGCUUAUAUGACAGAAGUUUCCAGGUUCCCAUUAGCAAGACACAUGAAUCCUCUAUCAGUGCCCAUAGUAAUAACAGUAGCAACAUAAUCCAAGGUGAAGGUUCUAGGAUAAAAUCAAGUAUCCCUUCACUUAAAUCAGAAACUUUAAUAAAAGAGCAUAUUUCAACUACAGCAACUGUAGAUUCACCACUUAGGUACUUGCAGUAUGCUGACACGUCUCACUACGGGAUCAAGCCUACCGAUACAUCCUCCUCAGCUGACCAUUUAUUCGGACUAACCUCUCAUAAUAUCAAUAAUACCUCAGAGGAAAAGACGAUUGUAUUUUAUUCCAAACCACCUACCUCAAACAUUACUGGCCCAGAUUUUUCAACGGCUGAUGGAACCUACACCCAUGUUAACAAACAAAGCACAUUAUCACAUCCUGUUCAUGUUGAGGAACACUCUCGUUUAUCUUACAAACCUCAGGUAAUUUGUACCAUACCAGAAGCACAAUUGUAUCAGGGUCAAACAAUUAAACCAUCCGAACUGACUGAUACCAAAAACAUUCAGUCUAAGUUAAUAUCUCCCCACAAACUACAGAUAACAUUGGUUGAGGUUGCUGGAUCCAAAAGAGGGGAUAGUGGAUUUGAAACCAGAAGAUCUCCAUUGUCUUUUCCAUGUGGUCAGGCAUCUGUUUCCCAGGCAAACCAAGUAGGAAAACAGGCUGUGACAUUUCUGUCUACCAGUCCUUCCAAGCAACACGAUUAUAAACUCGAUGUAUAUUAUAGUGAAAUGAAAUCUCAAAUCUCUCAGCCUGCGAUCAGAAAAACAACAUCAUUCACUGACUCUCUGGAUAAUAAGAUCCAUUCGAGCAAAGACAGAUUCUCAGUACAAGAUUAUCUUUGUCAGGACAGUGACAAUAAUUUUCUUUCAAGCAGCAGCGCGACUUCCUUGAAAGAUAAAAAUGCUUUCGUUGACAGUAAAAAGACAUGUCUUGGUCGAAAACAUCAGUCGGAUUUUCUAAAAAGCAAUUUGAAAGAGAGCCAUAAGGACCCAAGUGAUUCAUUUUUAUGUACCACUUCUCCUUUAUGCCCGCUGGUUAAUAUUAAUGAUCAGCGCGUUGCCUCACCGAGCUGUUUUAAGGACAUUGGAGCAGCUCACGUUGACAGAUUGUCACCUUCUUCAGUGCUACCUCCUAUUGAGAGUACACAGUUUUUCAACAUAUCCCCUAAAGCAACUAACAAGACUCUUGCUAACAGUGGAAUCCCGAAACCAAUACUGGUAAAUUCCAAACCUUUCCUUACAGGCCAGGAAGAAACAGAAAUAAACCAUAAUGUGAAACCAGAGGAGACCAUCGAACCUGCCCUCAUUGUACCCAAACCCAAGCAGGUGCGGCCUAAGAUCAUCACCUAUAUUAGGAGAAACCCUCAAGCAGUCGACAGAAUGCCAUUUGGACAAAUGAGCAUGCCGUAUGGGUCCCCAUCCUGUACUGUUCCUAUACCAAAAGAACAUGACACACUUAGUAGUGACGUGAAACCAACAAAUGUGUUGUUAGAUAAAUAUAAAGCUGACCUGCACAAACCCAGGAUAUACAGUGCUGGGCUGGUGGUUUCUGGAAUCAGGCCUCCUGGACAUCAUUCAUUAGAAGAGACAGGUGAAAGGCAGAGGAAAGAUGACUUUUGUCCCUCAUCGUUUACUCAUUAUGAAGUCCCACCGAGCUUCUACAGAUCCACCAUGAUCCUAAGACCACAGCUUGGAUUAGGUGCCGUCUCCAGGUUGCCAUCUGCAAAGAGCAGGAUAUUGAUUGCAAGUCAACGUGCAUCUAGUGCCACAAUACCUCAGCAGGAACUGGUCACCACGAGUGAGAGUUCCACAUCUACAGAACAAUCAGAGGAUCUUAAAAAAGGUUCCAUAACAAAUGGUGCAAAGUCUAAUCUUCCGAAGCCUUGCCUAUCUGGCCUCCGUCCCCCUGGCUACUCCCGCUUGCCUGCAGCUAAGCUUGCAGCUUUUGGAUUUGUCCGGAGCUCCAGUGUCUCAUCACUGUCCAGUAAUCAGUCUAAUGAAAGUGUCCAGAGUGAUCACAACAGGACGACUAACACAGGUGCGAGCUUCACAAAUGAAGAGCAUCCCACUCAAAAUACAGUUCUUCCUUCAAAGGAGAUCCCCAAGGGUACGAAUAGGACAAUACUGGAAGUGUGUAGUGGCACCGUCGCACCCCGCAGGAGUUUACUUCCAGCAAAGAAAACAACCACAUCACCUGCUGGAUUGAAGAAGGAGACCCAAAAAGAUCAAGAAGUCAUAAAACCACCAAUUUCAUCACCCAAAAAACAAGUGACCAAGGUGCACUCACCAGGACACCCAAAACUAAAGCCGACAAUUGCACGGAAUGGCUAUGCAGCCAAGGCAGAGGUACAGCCACGAGACCCAGAUCGACAGACUGUUCAGAGGUUAAGAGAGAAGUGUGAGGAGCAGGCUAAGGAACUCUUAUUUGUCCAGAAAGAGCUAAAAAAAACAAGCUGUGGGUUUUUAGUGUUUGCUGUGACGACCCAGUAUUUCUUCAACAAGAAUGAAGCUGGAGUCUUGAAAGAAAGAGAACUAUCACUUGAACUUGCAACCAUUAGAGAUGAAGUGGCCUUCAACACAGCGAGGUGUGAGAAAUUACAAAAAGAGAAGGAGGAAUUGGAAAUUAAAUUCGAUAAUGAAGUGAAGAAACUGGAACAACAUCAGCAAGAAGAACUCCAGGGGUUGAAGGAGAGACUACAGCAGCAGUAUGAUAGCGAAAUGGACCAUCUGCAGCAGGAACGGAGUUCCCAGCUAUUCCAGAUCCGUGUCCAACAUCAAGGCCAGAUUGAAGAUAUGGCUGCCACGCACGAAGCCGCGCUGUUAGAGAUUAAGACCAGCCAUUCGGCCUCCAUUUCUGCAAUCCAUGAAGAUCAUGAGAAAAGAGUUCACAAAUUAAAAGAAGGUCAUGAGCUGGAGAAGAAAAUGUUAGAAGAUGGUUUUGAAAAACUAAAACUGUCAUUACAGGACCAAGUUGACACCUUGACGUUCCAGAAUCAUUCACUAAGGGAUCGGGCAAAGAUGUUUGAGGAAGCCUUAAUGAAGAGCACUGACGAACAAUUAGAGAUUGCCCUAGCUCCAUACCGCCACUUAGAUGAAGACCUGAUGAGCAUUAAGCAAGUCUUGGAGAUGAAAAACCAGUUGAUCCAUGAACAGGAAAAGAGAAUAAUGGAACUGGAGAAACUGGCUGAAAUAAAUGUUGUCUUGGAGGAAAGAAUACAGGUCCUGCAGCAGCAGAACGAAGAUAUGAGGGCCCGCAUCGAUCAGAACGUUGUAGUUACCAGGCAAUUAUCAGUUGAAAAUGCCAACCUACAUGAGAGUGUUGAAAAAGAGAGCAAAGAGAAGAAACGGUUAAGCCGUACCAAUGAAGAACUUGUAUGGAAACUCCAGAGCGCCGACUCCAUGAGUCCUAUCAAGUAUCCGUCAUCUCCUGUCCACCGCUCCUCUUCUUCUUCUGGUCCUCUGUCACCCUCUAAAGUCAACUCUGCUCAGAGAUGACAACGCAGCAGCAGCCUAUGAUAGACAAGCUUUAUUUUCCGUGCCAUUGCUUGCCGUAAGCAGCAGUCCUUGGAUCCCUAUGACUGCAUGUGAAAUCCAGUGUACCUUAUGGAAGACUGAAUAUGAAAGUACAAUGACACCUCCUGUCUUUCCUAGGAACCUCAAGCCAAGGAAACAAAAAAUAAAAUAAAAACAUUCCACUAAAACAAUUCCUCAAAAGCCACACCAAUGUUUCAGGUUACAUACAGUCCAAUAUGCUGGUGAUAUCUAUACAAUAUGGUUAUUGUAUACAUGAUUGCACACACUUUACAGGUUGAUUUGUACAUAAAGAUGCAAUGUACAUAGAAGAGCUUGUGUAUUUUUGUUUGUUUUUUACGUUGCUGAUGUGUUUGAUCAGCUGUUUUCUAAGCCGUGCCUCUGUCUUCUACCUGAAUGGGACACGUUUCUGUCCAUCUGGUUUUUACUGCUUAUUAUAACAAAAUAACAGUAAUCUAUACUGAAUACGAUGUAACAAAAGCGCCUUCCAAAUAGUACCACACAAUCACCAGCUCUGUGUUAUUCCAGGUUAAGGCUGCUACGCAAUAAUCUACUGCUUUGCCCGCAUGUCAGGCAUUCUUUUCCUCUGUGUGAUUCAUUACCAGGCUUCAAUGGAUAUUUGUCUCUCUUUUUUUUUUUUUAUUAGAUAUUUUUGAGAAAUAGGCUUUUAUGGUCACCAGGGGGCGCUGUGCUUUGGCUUAGACUUUUGAGAUGUACAUAAACUUGGAUACUACCUUCCAGUCUUCGGUGACCCUGCUUCCUACUCCAAUCAGGUCAUUGAGCUUUGUAUCUAAAGGCAUUGUCGUGUUUAGUCUUAGCUUCUCUAUAAUCUUCCUCUAUGUGUAAGAACGUAUAUAUACAUUUUACAUUAUAUAUUUAAGUAGUUUUUUUUGUAAAUUUUGUAAUGCACAUGUGGAUAUGGGAUUCUGCCUGCAGAGGAGCACUUGAUUUCUAGUUCGUUUUUAUGGGGAGUCUGUGUGAAUUUAUAGGUCGGCAAUGCUCAACUAAACGCAGCUGGGAGCUAGAUGGAUAGAUAGAUUUAUUUUGGAAUGUAAUAUUAAU